GCGGGAACCGAAGAUGGCAUCAGAACAGGCGACGGAAAGACAGAGCGAUCAAGUUCUUCUCAGACAUGUUUUGUCUCCACCGUCUGAGUAAUUACGUCGGCAAAAUAUUAUUCUUUGAAAGGCUUCCCUCGAUGAUGGAAAGUGAUUCACUCAGCGAGGUUUCUGCAGGCAGUGCGGAAGAGGAUGGUUUACUAACACGCACACCAAAAUUGUCGUGUGCCGACUGGGUGAUGAUGUGUAACCUAUUUAAGGGCAGCUGGCAAUCCAAUGCUACGCAGGACCCACACCUUGAAGUCGUGUUGCCUGCGUUAUCCAAGCGAUGCCACACUCUUUCGAGGGAUGACGCGCGGCGUCGGUAUGCUAAUGAAAGGCAAAAAGUGGAGCGCGAGUUGAAGUCCAUAUUGCAGACUCUGAGUGCUGAUCUACUCCAACACAUACUUCGUGUCUUCUUCGAUGCAUAUUUUGGACACCAGUACUCAAGGACACUUCAACCGAGCGACAUUGAAUAUGACGGGCAACUCGACAUUCCUUCGAUGAUAAAAGAGGUGGAAGUUCUCCAAGCGAAACUUGAUGCAACGGUGGACGAGGAUGAGCAGCGAGCACUGGAGGAAGACGUGACAGGCAAGAUCUUGUGGCUGUGUUGGUGCGGGAUAUGUGCAGAAGUAGACCAACUGUUACCAAAGGUUGUGGGUUACAUUCGGAGAGAGGGAAAUAUGAAGGGUUUAGUGACAAUUGCCCUCAUUACGUGUUCAACAGACCCAGGUGAUGAUCAAGCUCACUUGCAGCGGAUCAUGCUUGAUGCAGGAGCAGGCACGUCGAAACAUAAGUUAUGGCUUGCCGCUCGGGCAGCAGAGCUAGCCAAGUGGUCAGGCGUGACCAGGCUUACCACGGCUAUGGACAACCAAGGUUCCACUGCGAGCACAAGCACUCAACCCCUCUCCACAUCAGUGGUUUAGCAAACAUGGGUAUUGUAACGGGGUGAGGCAGCCAAUACGCGCUGACUUGGUACUGUAACAAAUUUCCUUUCCCGACGUUGUAAUGAUAGAUCAAUCUACGCGAUGUCACCUUUUGUACUAGAACGCAUGAAAGAGAAUCCGAGGGGCAAUUGCAAGUACGAUCACCGUCUGAUUCGUUUUGUAUCGGGUAACGUGCAAUCAUUAUGUAUGUAGCUCCUUGACUUCAAAUGCAAUGAGC